GCCUUGGCAGCCGGUUUAGAAUUAGAAUCGAGGUAUACUAUGAGAUGAGGAGAACAAAGGAGGGAGUAAGUAUGCCGGUUCUUCUGGGAUCGCCAUCCUUAUCCCCUCGGCGUCAGAAGGCCAUCCUGGAGGAUUCAAAUAACACCGAGGCCGCAGAUUGAUGUUACUAUCAUCACAACUUGCGACUACGGGCCUGACUUUGGCUUGUUCUAAAUGAGUUGCGGACUCAAUCAUCCGAGAAAGAUGCACCUAGAUAAUAUAUAGUUCCUGGCUGUCUCUAGUUGGUUUCUCCUGGUCUCCGAACAAACAUUCCAGCAGCAACAGCAACGGCAAAAGUAACAUAGAUCAACUAUCGCUAUCACAAUGCAGCUUUCACACUCAGUCGUAGCGUCGACACUUCUUUCCCUUUCCACCCUGUCGCUACUCCAGGGCAUCAAUGCGCUUCCAAAUGUCCAAUCUCGGGAGGCUGCAGACCGGUACAUCCCCGGCCCAGUCUCCGCCGCCGUCCAGGCCUUGAACACGGACGACGACCACGGCUUCUUCUCGGUGGGCGCCGACGGUGUGCUGCGAAGCUUCGCCGGCAACGGUACCGUGCUCGACUACCACCAGCUGGACCCGGACCAACUGGCAUCCUUUGCUGCGAGCCAGCUAGCCGCGUGGGAGGCCAGCGGCAUGGCCGUGCCAGCCUCAGUCUCCAACCUGGCAAACUCUGCCUCAGCCGUCGACGGCCGGCUCGUCACCGACCUGGACCAGCUACUGGACCCCGCCGAUAGGCCGGUUCAGAGCUCGGCCGUGAAGGAGAGGGACAUCGAUGACCUGGCGAUUCCCGCGAAACGGCAAGGAUGCGUCGGCACCCCGUGCCAGUCCCUCCCAGAUUGUCUUGUGAUUGGCUGCGCCGCUUGCUUCUUUCCUGGUGGCCCACCUCUAGGCGUCUGUUUUUUCAGCUAA